AUGUCAGUCACGCCCGCUGCAACGAACGGACGUCGCAGUAGAAGGAGCUUGACACUGCUUGCAGCUUCGCUUCUGCUGCUCAUCCAAGGCACAGAUACGGCAGCCGCUGCCAAGCAAACACUGGCGCCGUUCGACUGCAGCAACGUCGCCGUAUCCUCCAAGCAGUCAUUCGAUCUGUCUAAGAUCGCCUAUCCCAUCCGCACUUCGAAUCAGGAAUCAACGCCGCCAUCGGAAACCAAGACGUCCAUCGACAUUGACCUCUGCAAGCCGCUCGAGGCAGAUUCAAACCGAGACGAAAAAGACCAGUGCCCGCGUGGAACGAGAAUAUGCAUCACCAUCGAGACCAUCAAGGACGACAAGACCAUCGUCACACAGGCAAUUCCAGUGGCCUACUCGGGCGAAUCUGGAGGCAGCAAGAUCGAGGCCAAAGUGGAAUGGGGCGAAGAGCUGGAAGGAGGAGAGAAGAGCAUCGAGCUCCAGUUUCCAGGAGCCACCUAUGCUGGACGAGAGCAAAAAGCAGAGCUUGAGCUAGUUUGCGAUACUAAGGCGGAAGCUGAUUCGCAUCCGACGGCGAGGAGCUACGACCGUGCUGACGGAAAGCUCAAGCUUCGCUGGCCAACCGAAUUCGCAUGCUCGUCCGCAGCGUCCAAGCCAGGAAGUGGAAGUCCGUCCAAGGGCGGCUCAGAUAGCGACGGCGGCAACGACAACGACAGCAGCGGAGCGACUUCAUCGGGCGGGUGGGGCUUCUUCAGCUGGCUCUUCUUUUUGCUAUUCGUCGGCUUUGCCGCGUACAUGGGGGUCGGUAUGUACAGCAACUACAACAAUUAUGGCGCUAGCGGAUGGGACCUCGUUCCGCACAAGGACUUCUGGAGGGAGUCGCCGUACAUUGCUCGCGAUGCGGCAACGCAUGUCUGGCGAACGAUGUCAGGUAAUCGUGGAGGAGGAGGAGGGUUUGGAGGUGCGGGAGGUCGUGGAGCAUACGAGCCCAUAUAA